GCUUGGUAUUGAUUACGAUAGAUUCCAUGGAAAACAGAUGGACAAGGAAAAAAUAUACCAACGGCUUUAUGGCUUGUUCUGCGCCGCAUACCCCGUCAAGUCCAGAAAAGAAUUGCAAGUACGAUGUGCCGAAUAUUGGAGAGAGAUAAGAAAGAAAGAGGACUUCAUGAAUCUCUACUCGGCCAAGGAACAAGAAUUGACCGAUUUGGUGACCGAAUCGAGGAACAAGAAUCAACGGUUUUUCAAGCAGUUCCCGACAACGAAACCAAGAGUAAGUCUCAAUCAAACAAAUAAUGAUACACGAUCAGAUGGAGCUGAGCCAGUCUUGAACGAUAGCGAACAAGCGCCAAUCGUUUUGUCAAUUUCGACUCCCACAUCGAACACUGAGAAAUCAGCGAAAGCUGCUGAUUGUGAACCUGGACCAAGUGGUGUUACUCCGAAGCAAGAUACCGUAAAGAAUGAGUUGGCCAUCGUGAACGCUGAUAUCGCCAAUUUGCUACUGCGGCAAGACAAGGGGAUGAUAACCGUCGAUCAGGUGCUUGAACUUAAAAAGUUAAAAAAGUCUAAGGAUCGCCUUGAAAAAAAAUUGAAAAAGCUCAUUGACGGUCAACAACGGCAGCAGACGUUUCGUGACAAUCUGAAACGGAAGAAACAGAAACUUUCGGAGCCUUCGCCUGCAAAAGCAUCAAAGCUCAACAGCUGUCCAGGAAGGCCGCGGAAGGAUGAUGAAGCAGAAAUAAUGGAUGCAAUCAUUGAUAUCGCUCAGUACGGCUCAUCUGCACAGGAGAGGCGAAGGUUUGAACAGCUCCGAACGGUCAAAACUUUGGAUGACCUAGUAGAACGUCUGAAGGAACUGGGAUACAAUAUGUCUAGAACUUACGUUUACUACCGAUUGAUGCCAAAGCGCAGUAUUACGAUUGAAGGAAAGCGGCACGUCAAUACUGUACCAGUACGACUGAUUCGGGCGACAAAUGAUCAUCAUAAAUUUCAUCAAGACACACGAUUCUGUGCAUCAACAAUUAAGCGAUUGGACGAAGUAGCUAGCUUCCUUGGUCCACAUGAGGUAGCCAGAAUCAGUCAAGACGAUAAAGCUCGUGUCCCCUUGGCAAUAACAGCUGCAUCUCAUCAGUCGCCAAUCUUGAUGCACAUGGAAUACAGAGUACGAUUACCGGACCACGACUGGGUUAUUGCUGAAAAACAUAAAUUAAUCCCAUCUGUUUAUGCUGGUAAGUGAUUCGAAACAAUUUUAUUGAACCUACUUUUAAAUAUUUGUACUUCGCAGCUCUGGAAAUACGAAAAAAUGGAUUCAGUGAUCCACAUAUAUAGCGAUUCGCUCAGCUAAACAUGCAAAGUCGACCGCUUGUGCUCAUGCACUUGAUUUUGAAAACUUAAUGAACCAGCCUACUUUCGUUUCGACGUUGAAGUCUGCAGAUGGAAAGAUGAAACCAGUGUUGAUAACAACUGUCGAUGGCGGACCUGACGAGAACCCGCGGUUCGUCAAAUCCAUUGAGGUUGCCAUACACCAUUUCCGAACGAACGAUUUAGAUGCAUAUUUCGUAGCCACCAAUGCACCGGGAAGGUUGGCCUUUAACCCUGUAGAGCGUCGAAUGGCACCUCUAAGUCGUGAACUAGCAGGACUCAUUCUUCCUCAUGACGCUUAUGGUUCUCAUCUUAACACGCAAGGGAAGACUAUUGAUGUAGAACUUGAGAAGAAAUUUUUUCAAAAAGCUGCUGAGACUCUAGCAGAAGUGUGGAGUAAUGUAAUUAUCGAUGGAUUCGACGUGCUGGCGGAAUAUAUUCCACCAGAACAAUCAGAACUCCAAAAGUCUGCAAUUAUCCAAAUGGACGAGUUGUGGAAGGCAACGCAUGUACGGACUUCACAAUACUGCUUGCAAAUUGUCAAAUGCUUCGACACGGCCUGCUGCAAUGUUUUUCGGAGUAAAUAUGGAACAUAUUUUCCUCACAGAUUUUUGCCGCCACCUAUUCCUCUUUCGUACAAUCCCUGUGUGGCCGUUUUGGAAGACAGAUCUGCAAGCGCUACCAUAGCGGAAUCAAACAUAAAGUUUGCUACUCUUUUCCAAAGCCUUGCGCUUUUUGAGAGC